AGGGCCUCUUUACACCAUCUUCAAGACGAGCUUCACUGCAAGACACUUUUAGUCUCGAAAAUUAUAUAGAACCUACAUAUUACAAAAGCGUUAAGGAGAAAUACCGAUCGAGAGAUAUCAAAAAUCACGAAGAAAAAUUACAAGUGUAUAUAAAUUCUUUGUUGGCCUACUGGGGAGUGACUCUGGCUACCAAUUCCAAUGUCGAAGAUUUCAAAUUCAGCGUUGAUAAUAAAAAUUGGGGCAAAUUUGGCGACGUAGUUCUAGAAAUUGACUACGUCACGAGUCCUGGAGAAAAACCUAUCAAAAACAUUUACGCUAUCAGCUUUAAGUACAUAUCAAACAAUGCUAAACAAAUUGAUGACAUAAACAAAGGAAAAUUUAACUUUACCAAGCUGAUUGCUGAUACGCUUGCGUUUGAAUCACGCAACAACAACGAAAUAAUUAAAUAUAUAAUUUUCACAACUGCAAAACCAUCUGCUAAUUUCCAACCUAGGCUUCGCCUAAAAAUAGACGAUUUUCAUCAGAAAAACAGCCAUUCUGACUGCAACGCAGACUAUAUCGACAUAUCUGGUAAAUGUCUACAUAAAAACAAUAUAAUCAAUACAGUUGAUGAAAAAGAAAAUGCUUUUAUAUUAUUUUCGACUGAUAAAACUCACCAACUACCAAAAGUAUAUUUAUAUACUGGUCAAAAGAAAGUUAAACGCUUUGGAAUGGAUAUAGACGAGAAAAUAGCAAAAUUGUUUGUCCACAAACAUAUAGAAAUUCACCAAGCUAUUAUCGAUUUUAUAACAGUCUGGAGUGGUCAUCUUCUCGGUGGUUCCUACAAAAUGAACAAAGAAGACAUUUUGGUAAAAUUGGGAGAUUUACUCUUGGCACCUUUUGCAACAAACGCCGAAGUGACGAUGGAAUAUCAGAAUUUUAAUGCUUGGAACAUAGCGGUCAACUCGGUUGAUGUAACUAUUCUUCGAACACAUCCUUUCAUCUUACACAACGUUUGCAGGCCAAUUAAUUUUAAAUUAGAACAACUUUACCAACUUAAAAUCGAUCCUAAUCCUAAAAUAGUAAGGGUACCUGAAGACAAGCUGCUGGAUCUUGAUAAAGCCUUAGCUAUGUAUUUAUUUGAGGAAACAAUUGGCAUAACCUUUAAACAUGUACCUUUAGACGUAGUAUACAGGGCGUUUUGGAAGGCUGGCCUUAUACCACUUAUUCUCCAAGCUGAACAAAACGACGAUCAAGAGUUUAUAAUGCAAGUUAUUACGGUACUAAAAGGCCUAGGACUGGCACGUAAAUACAUGUUAAAAAUGCCAGAUUCAAAUAUAGAGAAUCUUACAAAAAAAUAUAAAUAUCUUACCUAUUUCGUUAAUUUGGACGACGUCAUUGAAAAUUUUCCUAAAGGUCUUCUAAGUGAGUUAAAAAUAGGGGUAUCAGAGAAAUAUUCUUUAGAUUUCUCGGUUAUACAAGAAAACGAUAAAUAUUUCUCUAAAAAAAUCACACCCAAUGAAUAUUUUGAUCUGAUCUUAGGUAACUAUACUUUUAAAAAAUGUUCUUAUAUACAAUCUGAUAAAGAACCAGAAUGGAAACUUGUGUUAAACGAUCAACUAAUAAAACAGUUGGAACAGCAUAUUGGACUUGAGGAAUAUCAGCAAAAUGGCUGGUUAUGUGGGAUUAAUCCAAAAUUAUUUUAACAGGUUAAAGUUAAUAAAAAAGCAAUAUUUAUAUUCAACACGUUUAUAAAAUUAUAACUUUCUUUUUUGUCAGUCUUAAAGUUAUAUUCGGAAACACAGCACAAGUGUUACAUACAGGGUGGGCCAUCGAAAAAGUUCAAAAACAGGCCAAUUUUGUUUGCAAGGGGGACAACUUUUGCCCCAAAA